CUUUCUUCACGCCGGCGACAGUUGGCGCAACGCGUCAGUUGAAGCACCCCAAGGUGGGAAGGGUGACUCGUCGAAUCGCGGGGGUCCUUGCCGCCGCCUUCGUAGUCCGAGACGGAACGCCCGCACACAUCGGGCACGAGGAGGGCAGGGCAGGGCGGCGUUGGAAGGGCACGCGCAGCUGGAGGCCGGGCGCCAGAUCGCCACCACGUUCGAGUGGCGCGCCCCUGGGGGCAGGCUGGGCUCCCACAGGGGCGUUCGCGGAGCGGCUGAAGGGAGAAAGGCUCACUGAUAGAGAGAUGGGACUAUGUUGGGGUGAUGCCGAAGAGAGAGUGGAGGGCACUCGCGCGCACACUCCUGCUGCGGCGGGCUCGUGCCGCGACGAGCUUCGCAGCCGGGCUCCGACGCAGCGUGGCCGCUCAACCUCUGGACGGCCCCGCCUCUCGGAUCGCGCAGGGCCGCUCGAGAUCGACCGAUUCCGGGCCACGAGCGGCGUCCAACCCUGCAUGCCCGCGCUGGGCCGCGUCGAGGGGACACGAACCCGCCGCACCUCGCGCGCUCGAAGACAGGGCCCCACAGCCUGCGCGAGCAAGCCUGCGGGCUGCGCCUUGAAUCUUGGGCGAAAAACGCGUUCGCGUCCGCGGCCUCGCGAGCCAGGGCCCCCGCGGAUGCGGAACGCUCUUCCGACGCACUGAUGACUGCGAUCCUCCGGCCCCGUCUGCUCCGACCCCACGUGGGAGGCCCAGGCAGAUGCGGGUGCGCAAGGUCGACCGCGCCAGCCUGGAGCCUGGACUCCUCCGGGGUCUGAGCGCCUAUAGGGCAUGGCAGCAAACCCUGCCGGCGCCCCGCAGGCGGCCUCACUUGCCGCCCCGGGGCGCCUCCGCGCCCGCCGGGGCGGCCUGCAGGCCUGCGCCGCCGCCCCUGCCGAGCCGCGCGCGGGCCUCGUCCAGCGGGCCCGGCCGCAGCGCCCUGCCGCCCGAGAUGAGCAGGCAGUCCAGCAGGACCACGACGAGGCUGGCGGCCGCCAUCACGGUGAGGCUGUCGCCCUGCGUGAAGGCCCGGAGCGACGCGCCCGCCAUCUCGGGCUGCAUGUACUGCCCGAGGGACGUCUCGCUGAAGCCGAAGAUGGAGACGAGUGCUAUGAAGAACGACAGCGACAUGACGAGCACCGUCCGAGCGAAGAACGGGUUGAGCGACAUGAUCCACAGGCGGGAGUUCACCAGCAGCACCAGGAUCACGAAGGAGGCGACCGACGCCGUCCAGAAGGCGGGGUCCUCGGUGUCCGAAGAGCCCACCGUCAGGCUCGGGAGGACCCAUGCCACAGUGCCGUGAAAUAGGGCACUUAGGAUCCAGAGGACGAAAAUGCGCGAGUUGAAAUACAUAUUCAUCGGCCCCUCGAGGUAGAGCUCGGGACUGCUAACAGCAAUCGCAUCUGGAACGUCAGAGUCGAAACCCAGCGUAACAAAGAAGGCGAAGGGCGUGAUGGACCCAGAGUAUGCAGAAUUCAACCACUCGGGAUAGCCGACAUCGCCACGGAAACUGGACUGGCUCGCCCAAAUCAUGUCCCCAGUAGCGAUGGCGAUGUGCUUGUACAGCAUGUACAAUCCGAAGACCGCCAUCCUGCGGUAGGCGCGACGGCCGUGGCAGAAGAGCAGGGGGACCAGGAAGCGGAACUUCGAGAUGGCCACGUCGCUGGCGAGAACCGCCGCGUUGCCCUCCU